AUGCGGCGGCUGAGAGGCAGUUCGCAUCUGACUUGCUAUUGGAUCCAGAGAGCGGAACCGCGCUGUAGUGGCGCGAUCUGCGGCAGCAGGAGCAUAACCGGCACCGCAACCGCGUCCUCGUCGACAUCAAGCGGCACAGACGCCGGUGCAGCAAGUGCGGUGCUGCUAGCUCGUGCGGCGGAGAUCCGACGCAACGAGCUUCUAUUUCGGUGGCUGCGCUGCCUUGUCGUGCCCGCUUUCUCCAUCUACGGUCUGUUCCUUCUCCGACCAACCGAGGGUCAUUUCUUGCGCUACGUUGCCGAGCGGCGGCACCUGGAUGCGUCUUUCAACGCGUGGUUCCCUCCUGUCGCCGUGGGUAGCCCGACUGAGCCCGGUUCCAAGGUAGAGCCGUCUAGGAGCACACCGACGGCGACGAGCACAUCCUCACCGACAGGAGGGGCAGGCACGAAAGGGGGAGCCUCAUCAUUGGCGCCGGGGGCCAUCCCGACGGUGUUUCGAAGCGAGCGCGAUCGCGAGUGGGCAGCGCAGCGUUUCAACUACAAGAGGGGUAGCGAUGAUGAAGAGCGUGUGGCCCGCAAGCGCCUCUUGUUCGCGCGCGACCGUGUCCACUUGUCGGACGAUACCGUCAUCGAGACGAUCCGUAGCCCGUCAGAGCAGCUGGAAGAGCUCCGCGCGCUGCACGAGCACCCACCCAUGCACCUACUCAGCGAGCAGCUCAAUACCAUUGCUGAGGAGAGCCAUCGCUAUGCCGUUUCGCUCGCUGCUGCGCAGUCGGCUGACCCCAAGGACGUAGCGUCACCAGCCUCGCUGAAGGGCGACGGGGCUGUGACGUUGUCGUUGGACGGAGUUGCGUUGCCUCCGUCGAGAGGAGCGGCCGCUGUGGUUUCUGUGCCACCCCAAGUCGAAAUCCAGUUCGAGGACCGCUCUCUGUUUGCCACCGCCGUCAUUGUUUUUCGCGACCGCGACAACCGCGUUGUGCGUGCGAUGCGGUUUAUCGGAGCGUGUGGCAUGAUAUGGAAGGAGGUAGCGUGA